CAUUGUGAGUGGUGUGUGUGUGUGUGUGUGUUUGGUCCACUGAGCCGGAGCCCAGAGAGCUUUACCGAGAGAGAGGACCGUAGAUACAUUGGGACUGGAAGCCAGGGUGAGCAACAAGCCAUGGCUAACAGUGGGCUGGAGAUCCUGGGCAUCGCCCUGAGUGUGCUGGGAUGGCUGGGAUCCCUCAUCUCCUGCAUCCUCCCCAUGUGGAAAGUCACCGCUUUCAUCGGCAACAACAUCGUGGUGGCUCAGAUCAUCUGGGAAGGUCUCUGGAUGAACUGCGUGGUGCAGAGCACAGGGCAGAUGCAGUGUAAGGUGUACGACUCGUUGCUGGCUCUCUCUCAGGAUCUCCAAGCCUCCAGAGCCCUGACCGUCAUCGCCAUCGUGGUGGGAGUGCUGGGUAUCCUGAUCUCCAUCGUGGGCGCCAAAUGCACCAACUGCAUCGAUGAUGAAGUAGCCAAAGCCAAGGUGAUGAUCGUAGCCGGGAUCCUCUUCCUCCUGGCCGGCCUGAUGACCCUGAUCCCCGUGAGCUGGACAGCCAACACCAUCAUCAAGGAUUUCUACAACCCAUUGGUGACGGACGCCCAGAGGAGAGAGCUGGGGGCCUCCCUGUACAUCGGUUGGGGAACCUCUGGGCUGUUGCUGCUGGGAGGGGCUCUGCUCUGCUGCUCCUGUCCCCCCAAGAACGACAAAUACCGGGGCCCCAGAGUGGCUUACUCGGCUGCCAGGUCCACAGCUCCCAGUGGCUAUGACAAGAAGGAUUAUGUGUGACUUGCCUUGUGCCUGGGCUGUCUCUGCCUCCCCUCUCCCCUUCCCCAGGAGGGUCUCUCUGCCUAUUGGAGAUGUGAUGUCCACUGAAUGUUUGGACGCCACCUGAUCUGUUUUUUAUUGCUGUGUCAUUUGAUACAGUGCUUCAUCUCAUCAUGUGUCUAGCUUUUAAACUAGUAUGUUGCUUUUUUAUAUAUAUAUAUAUAUAUAUAUAAUGUAUAUGUUAAAAAGAGAUGAAUUUCAAACCAUUAGAAAAAAGGUUUUAAAUGCACCUGUAACUCCGACUCCCCCCACCCCUUGUUGCUGGUUGGGAAUGAAGGGAAGUCAAUCGAUGGCACCCUGUUUGCUUUGUCUGUAACUGUGUGCACAGUAUUGGCAGUAGCUUCAUGCCCUGGCACCUCGCUACCUCUCCCACCUGUUUGCUCCCCAACCCACUACCCGCUGCCUCCCCUCGAUUGGCUCCGACCUCCGGUAUGUUCCUCGGGCCCUGCGUUUCACCAUCGGAGGCCGCGCCUUCAGCCAUUACGCCCCGAAACUCUGGAACACACUUCCUCUAUCCCUCCGCCUUUUCCCUUCAUUCCCCAUCUUCAGGUGACACCAGAAGACCUUCCUUUUCAACCGUGCCUACAGUUACCUUCCCCUGGCUCAGCAUCAUGCUCUGCCACUGUCAAGCACUCUGGGACGCUGACCUGUGUGAGGGCCUCUGUGUAAAUGCGAGUUGUUGUUGUUGUAGCUGUGUACAGUAUUGACUGUGGUGGUGUACACAGUAUUGGUAUUGGCUGUAGGUGUGUACAGUAUUGACAAGCUGUGUGCUGUAACAGUGACUACCCUGGUGUGAGCUCGGUUUCCCUUACUUGUGUAACUGACACUGAGUCCUUGCCUAACAUCUGUUUGCAGGAAGCUUUUGCAAAUGUGCCUGCUGGGCUGUGGAACAAUGCAGAGCGACUUUUUUUUAGCUUAAACUGAAUAAAACCUUGUUGCGAUGUACACGU